GUCUCAAGACAAGCCUGGCCAUGCGGUGUAAAGUCCUCGUCCAUGUCGUCCUGCUGACUCUCAUAAAGCAUGUGUCCUCAUCUGAAAUACAGGCCAGCCCAAAUACAGACGCCACCCUCCCCUGCAAUGUGACAUUCCCCCCUUCUGUGUACAAAAUAGACAAGUCUCUCAUCAAAGCUGGCUGGACCAGAAACGGCUCUGACAUUGCCUCAUUCACUGAGGCAAUGAUGCAGAUAACGGAGGGCUUCAGCUGGGAAACCGGUGAUUUUGUCAAUGGGGACUUUUCACUGACCAUCAUCAGAGCCAGUCUCGACCGGCAGGGGUUGUAUGAAUGCACUGUCAACUACAACUCAACAAUGCUGCCCUCUAUUAACGCUACAUUUAGUAUACUAGCCUCCCCUACUUUGUCUGUCCCUCAGCAGUGGGUGGUGUUGGAAACAGAGAGCCAGCUACAGUGCCAUGCAGAGAGUUUCUACCCUCCCCCUGUUUCUUUCUCCUGGACUAGAGAUGGGCAAGUCAUACAAUCUCCGUACAAUGUUGAAGGUGAACAGACUCCAGAUGGGUACUAUAUGGCUGUGGGAAACAUGACCUUCUUUCCUUCCCGCGAGGACCAAAAUGUGACCUUUGGGUGCAAGGUGUCACAUGGUGGCAGCAAUGAAGAGCUGGAUUUCCAACUCAAUAUAACUUACCUCCCUUCUGUUAGACUUUCUGUCGUGCCGUCCAAAUCUGACAGCAUUCCUCUCACUCUUUAUUGUGACGUGGAGAGUUUCUACCCAGAGGAAGUUUCUGUGUCCUGGCUUCAAAAUGGUACAGUCCUCCAAGAGCCCCCAAACACUGACCUGAACCCUGAUGGGACCUUCAGAACCAGGCGUUAUUAUACCUUGAGUGAAGAGCAAAGGGAGCAGGGUGGAAAGGUGGAUUGUUCAGUAAACCAGCCUGGAGUAGCACUCCCAGUCAGUGGCUCAGCAUACUUAGAGACACUUGAUCCUCGAGACACGGAUCCAGUUUUGACUAAAGCCGCCAAAGCAUCAGUGGCUAUGAUGUGUAUUUCCAUAGUGCUGGUGUUCCUUCUUUGCUUUGGAUUUUCUUGGAGGAGGAGAGAUGAGAAACAGAAAUCUCUAAAUGUGUCUGGGAUCAUCCUCCCUCCACGCGUGACAGUCGGUCAAAAGGGCAGGAUAACAGUGAGCAUUGAGGGCAGAAGGGUGGACCGAGUCCAGGCUGCAUGGUUCCUGAAUGACACCCCUAUCACAGACACUUCACUCACAGUGUCAGAGAAGGGCCGUCUGCUGCCCUCCAGAGACGAGAUGGGCUACUACAAGCUUCACACUCAGGGACCACUGCACUCAUCCGGAAGUGGCAUUCAGCAGCUGAUCUCCUCGCUCACCUUCAUACCCCAGAUUUCAAUCCACAAGGGAGCAGUGUUCAAGUGUCAAGUGUCCUAUAUGGGCAAAGAUAAGAUUGUGGCAGAGAGGGUGUCAGAGAAGUUUACCAUUCUGUGCUAUAUUUGCACUAUUGUUAACUAUGUUGCAACUCAUGUCUUAGAUAUAAUCAGCAUGACGGUCCGGGCGGCACUUUUCCAUCCAGAUGUCAUUACCUUCCGCUGGUUCUGUGAGGGGAGUGAGCUGAGCCCUGUCGCCUCCCAGGCCUCGUCCUCCCCUCGACCUAACUCUGAAGGCUUCUUUUCAGCCUCUAGCCAGUGUAAACUGCCCAGGAGUGAGCUGGAAAGGGGAGGCACUAAAGUGUGGGUCAGCGUCCAUCACGUUGCCCUGAGGCAGCCAGUCACUCGUGAGACCAGAGGCUUCAUCAAGACCCCAUGUGUGUCUGAAAUCAUCCGCUCCAUUUCUACACAAGAACAGCCUUUUACGCUUGGAUGUGAAAUCACAGAUUUCUACCCUCAAAACAUCUCGGUCACCUGGUUGAGGCUUAGAGAGGGAGAGCAGGACGACAGAGAGGAUGAGGUAAUAGAGGGAGGGGAGAUGUGGGGCCCCUUGCAGACUCAGCCUAGAAUCUUCAGGGCCACAGCUUCACUACAGAGGAGGGCAACAAACGAGGAGAAGAACGAGAGAGGAGGAGGGAUUAUUUGUAGAGUGGAGCACUGUUCCCUUACCAAGCCUAUUGAAAGACACUGGAGAAAUAUUGACAUUGAAACAAAAGCUGCAGUCACGGACCCGGACGCUGAGGGUAUUGAAUACAUUGAUGAAAAAGGGGACGGAGAGAACAACAACAUUGAUAGGGAUGAGGAGACAAAGUCAGAGUUGGAUGAGGAUAGCGACAAAGAAAUAGAGGAAGAACCAGGGGCGCUGCACAUCAACAGAGUCAACCUGGCAAUGGGAUCCAGAGAAAGUGAAAGAGCACGUUUGAGAGUGUGUGUGGAGAUCACACACCCUGCACUCAAACUUCCUGUUUAUCGAAACUGGACUGCAUUGAUAGAAAUGUAG